AUGCUCUGGUCCUGUGCCUUGCAACCCGAUUUCUCCCGUCCAUUGCCACAUCGUGUUGCCCUGAAUAGUGAUGCCCUGAAUAGUGAACACACACAGAGGGAGAGGGACCAUGUUUUUUCCUCCCCCAUUGUGCGGAGCGCCCACAAGAACACUCAAGAUGUUAGCAGCAAUUGCAUAGAAAAAUAUAAGACAGAUAUUUAUCAUAUCUCUACUGAACCAUGGGGGAAUGUUGCUGGCAGCACGGUGACAUUGCAGGCUGAUUCUCUGAGGACGAACCCAUCGCCUCUGGAAACCCCAGCCGGAUGCUGGGAGAACUUACGCCUCACGAGCAUCGAUAAUUGUCUGACAGGAGGGGACCAGAGUCAGAACCACAGUCCAGACUUGGACCACGUAUGGACGGCAUUGGAAGGAACACUGCUGUCGAUGUUCGUUCCGGGUGUGGCGCUGCGGAUUCUGGAGGCCGUGCCUGACCUGCAGACGCUUGAGAGUGUCCGGCUCCUGAACAAGGAUUUCUACACGGCCUACCAAGCCAACGCCAUGCCCCUGAUCCGCGGAGCACUGUGGAGAAUGUGCCCGCCGGCGUGGGAGCUUCGUGAGAUGGGCCUGCCCUGGACCAGCCCGGGCACCAUGGAAUACUUGAGGUGCAUAACCACUAAGGACCAACCAGCCCCUACCGUCACACCCACCAAUUACCUGGCCCACUAUGCCUACGAAGCUUGCGUAAUGGCGCGAUUGAUCGGGGCGGUCUUCACCGCCGAAGAGCAAAACUACCUUUACCACCACGAAGAAGCCCUUGUUGCAGUGCAUGAUGCAUGUCUGCGCAUCUGGACAUUCUGCCGGAUCUUUGGUUGCGGGAAAGGCCGCGCGGGCGACUUGGAGGGCCAACAGGAAUGGCUCGCUGGAGGUGCCCGAGCGCACCUCCCUCCCAGCUGCACCAUCUCGGAAUGGUGCCGGAACAGUGAGGUCCUGGACCUAGCACCUGAGAGCUUCGGCAAGGGCAACCAUGGUAAUCUCUCCGCGAGUGAAACCAUGAUGAUGCUGUGGAUCUGGAAUCUUUUUCGACGGCAACUGCGGUGGAAAGUUAGGAGUCUUCUUCGAGAUCGUUACCCACGGGCGUGGGAUGAGGACGUGGUCGACGAGUGGGUCUUCUCCGUCCUGACAUUUGGCUUGGCUGCGAUUGAUCAUCUUCUCUUGUCCAAUGACCCUGUCAAGGAGGCCGAACAGCUGGGAUGGGCCACGGUAUCGGCCUCCAUGAUCGCACGACCGGAGCGCGGUGAGUUCUUGCAGGAUGCCUGUAUACAUCAUCUACAGCAGAUUUCUGGGCCCCGACGUACGUGCACCUUCCAGUAA